UCUGGUCAACAGAACCGAACGGACGAACGAGUAACGUUGUCUUGGAUCGGGUUGAAGUCUCCAUCAACGACGUUGCUCUCUUCGUUCAGCUCAUCGAUUUUCCUUGCUCCUUUGGUCGCUCGCCGCAGCCUCCUUUGUCGCCGCCGUCACUCCGUUUUGCCGCCAUCACGCCUUGAUUUCUCAGGGGCAAGAUAUUAUUGGUAAUAGCUGCAGCAUCUUGUAGAGAACUGAAAAGGAAUGGAGUUUAUGUGUCUUAUUGUGGCCUUCUUUGUGAUUGCGGUCUUAGGGUUUGUCUCUGUGGUCUUCUUUAGUGCAUAUAGCAGAAGAAACAACCAUGAGCAUGUUGAAGCUCCGGCUAUUUUUGAGGAUCCUAAUUCGUUGAAACAGGUUCCUUGCCCACACAUUGUUGAUCCAGCGUCAAAGUAUAUCUCUUUGAUAGUUCCUGCAUUCAAUGAAGAGCAUAGGCUUCCUGGAGCCCUUGAGGAAACUAUGAAUUAUCUUCAACAACGUGCCUUAAAGGAUCCUUCAUUUUCAUAUGAGGUUGUGAUUAUUGAUGAUGGAAGUGCUGAUAGUACUAAAAGAGUAGCCUUUGAAUUUGUAAGGAAAUACACAGUAGACAAGGUAAGGGUCAUCCUUCUUGGAAGAAAUCAUGGCAAGGGAGAAGCAAUCAGAAAAGGCAUGUUGCACUCACGUGGUGAAUUACUUCUUAUGCUUGAUGCUGAUGGAGCAACUAAGGUCACUGACCUAGAGAAGCUUGAAAAUCAGAUUCAAGCUGUUGCCAAAAAGGAAUUUCAUCAGGAAGAUUCAAGUGGUAGUGAUCCUAGCUUUAGAAUAUCUGAUAUCCCUGUUGUUGCUUUUGGUUCACGAGCUCAUCUAGAGGAGAAAGCUUUGGCUUCAAGGAAGUGGUACCGCAAUUUUUUGAUGAAGGGGUUCCAUCUUGUGGUUCUCUUAGCUGCUGGUCCAGGAAUACGUGAUACACAGUGUGGUUUCAAGAUGUUUACUAGGGCUGCAGCUAGGAAGCUUUUUUCAAAUGUCCGCUUGAAAAGGUGGUGCUUCGAUGUUGAAUUAGUCUUUCUGUGUAAAUGGUUUCGGAUCCCAAUUUCAGAAAUCUCUGUAAAUUGGUCUGAGAUUCCAGGAUCCAAGGUGAAUCUUUUGAGUAUACCUAACAUGCUUUGGGAGCUUCUACUCAUGUCUGUGGGGUACAGGACUGGUAUGUGGAGAAUUUCUAAUUGUACCUGAGCUUUCAUGUUCAAUUCCAACUCGGAAGAAAAAUGGCGUUUUCCUGGGAAGAUUGACCUCUUAUCUUAGUAUACUCCCAUGCCGGGCUUGAGGGACAAUAGUGCAAUAUUUAAUGUUUCUCUGACUAACCAUAACCUUCCAGAUUAUGCUGUUCAGGUUGAAGUCAUGGAGAUAUAGUCAACAGUUCAUAUUUUUACUGUUUAACAGGAAAAAGCUUAUGAUCACAUAAUUUUGUAUGUUUUCUUACAGUAAAAUGAACAUAUUGAUAACACUUCACUCCUUAGGUGUAGUGAGUUAUUUUGAUGAUGGUUUUUGCACAUUACUCCUGGAAGGAAGUGGUGUAGACUUCUGUAGAUGGUGUAGACUUCGCCCAUAAAGAAGUUGCAGCCCCUUUUUUCCGAAUAGUAUGAUACAUUAACAUUGAAUGAAUGAUUGAAGACUAUUAGUUUUGCAA